GGCGCCCCCAUGGCGGCCUCCGAACGCCGCGCCUUCGCGCAUAAGAUCAACAGGACGGUGGCAGCCGAAGUCAGGAAGCAAGUGUCCCGAGAGUACAGCAGCUCCCCUCAGCUCUGCAAGAGGAGAAGCGGCUCCCAGCAGGUUACCAUCUUAAGGACAAACCCGCCAAUCCCUGCAUCCAUCCCCAGGUUAUUGGCUCUGUGUCCUCCGUAGGAUGAGGCCGUGGAACGCUGCAGCAUUCCAGAGCCCCCCAAAGAACACUUCGGACAGAGGAUCCUGGUCAAGUGUUUGUCUCUCAAGUUUGAGAUUGAAAUCGAGCCCAUUUUUGGCAUCCUCGCCCUCUAUGACAUCAGAGAGAAAAAGAAGAUCUCAGAAAAUUUCUACUUCGACCUGAACUCCGACCACAUGAAGGGGCUGCUCCGGGCCCAUGUGGCACACCCAGCUAUUUCCACCCUGGCACGCUCCGCCAUCUUUUCCAUCACCUACCCCUCCCCAGACAUCUUCCUGGUUAUUAAGCUGGAGAAAGUCUUGCAGCAAGGUGACAUUGGUGAAUGCUGUGAGCCUUACAUGGUCAUGAAGGAGUCGGAUACCGUCAAGAACAAGGAGAAGCUGGAGAAGUUGCGUCACGCGGCGGAACAGUUCUGUAGUCGCCUGGGCCGCUACCGCAUGCCGUUUGCCUGGACCGCUGUGCACCUGGCCAACAUCAUUAGCAGUGCUGGCUCCAUGGACCGAGACUCCUCUGAUUCUGAGAGUGAGCGAAAAUCCACUUGGAAUGAGAGGAAGAGGAAGGCCUUUGAGCGGGCCAGCAUUGGGGAUGAUGCCUGUAGCUUCUCAAAUUUUCGCCCAGCUACCCUGACUGUUACUAACUUCUUCAAACAGGAGGGUGACCGCCUAAGUGAUGAAGAUUUGUACAAGUUCCUGGCAGACAUGAGGAGACCAUCCUCAGUGCUACGGAGGCUACGGCCUGUCACAGCCCAGCUUAAGAUCGACAUCUCUCCAGCCCCCGAGAAUCCUCACUUCUGCCUUUCCCCGGAGCUGCUGCAUGUGAAGCCGUACCCCGACCCCCGUGGCCGCCCCACCAAGGAGAUCCUGGAGUUUCCAGCCCGAGAGGUCUAUGCCCCCUUCACCAGCUACAGGAACCUGCUGUAUAUCUACCCCCACAACCUCAACUUCAGCAGCCGCCAGGGCUCUGUCCGGAACAUCGCCAUCAAAGUGCAGUACAUGGCCGGAGAGGACCCCAGCCAGGCUCUGCCGGUGAUCUUUGGCAAGUCCAGCUGCAGCGAGUUCUCCCGAGAGGCCUACACAGCCGUGGUGUAUCAUAGCAAGUGCCCAGAGUUCUACGAGGAGUUCAAGAUACAGCUCCCCGCCAAUGUGACAGAGAACCACCACCUGCUGUUCACAUUCUAUCACAUUAGCUGCCAGCCCCGGCCCGGCACACCUCUGGAGACCCCUGUGGGCUACACGUGGAUUCCCCUUCUGCAGCACAGCCGCUUGAGGACCGGCCCCUUCUGCCUGCCCGUGUCUGUGGACCGGCCACCCCCCAGCUACUCGGUGCUCACGCCCGAUGUUGCACUCCCUGGCAUGCGAUGGGUGGAUGGCCACAAGGGGGUAUUCAGUGUGGAACUCGCAGCCGUGUCCUCAGUACAUCCACAGGACCCCCACCUGGACAAGUUCUUCACGCUGGUUCAUGUCUUGGAGGAGGCGGCCUUCCCCUUCCGCCUGAAGGAUGUGAUCCUGAGUGAGAAUAACGUGGAGGCGGAACUAAAGAGUAGCGUGGGGGCCCUGCGGCUGGCCAGCCCCGAGCCCCUCGUCGCCUUCUCCCACCACGUGCUGGACAAGCUCAUCCACCUCAUCGUUCGGCCCCCCGUCAUCGGAGGCCAGAUAGUGAACCUGGGCCGUGGGGCCUUUGAAGCCAUCGCUCUUGUGGUCAGCCUCAUUCACAAGAGCCUGGAGGGAGCCCAGGACCAGAGGGGUCACAACCAGCUGCUGGCCGCCUAUAUCCACUAUGCCUUCAGAUUGCCCGGCCCUGAGCCUGGCCCCGCAGGGGUGCCUCCUCCGCCCCCCGUGCAGUGUGCUACGCUGUCCCGUGCCCCCGGCCGGCCCUCCAGCCUCCACCUGUCGCGGUCCAAGAGCAUCAGCAGCAGCAACCCUGAUCUGGCCUCCUCUCCCUGCUCCCCAGAUGAGGAGGUCACCCGCAUCCUGGCCUGCAAGGGUGUGGACCGUUCUCACUCCUGGGUGAAUUCUGCUUAUGCCCCGGGGGGCAGCAAGGCCGUCCUGAGGCGGAUUCACCCACACUACAGCGCUGACCUCAAACAGACCAUGGAUCGAGGCCCUAACCGAGCUUCCUCCUAUCUCGAGGGCUCCUCAUCUCUCCCGGCGACCUCCCAGCCGAGACCCACUGGGAGGAAGUUGCUGCAUGAAGAGCUGGCCCUGCAGUGGGUGGUGAGUGGCAGUGCUGUUCGGGAAGCCGUCCUCCAACAUGCCUGGUUCUUCUUCCAGCUCAUGGGGAAAAGCAUGGCCUUGCACUUGGUGCUGAACGAGCGUCUGGACACCCCUCGGAAGCUCCGCUUUCCAGGACGUUUUAUGGAUGACAUCACAGCUCUGGUCAGCUCUGUGGGGCUGGAGAUCACUGCGCGCAGCCACAAGGACUCGGAGCUGGCUGAGCGCCUCAACACCAGCCUGGCCUUCUUCCUCAGUGACCUCUUGUCCCUGGUGGAUCGAGGAUUUGUCUUCAGUCUCAUCAGGACCUAUUACAAGCAGGUGACCACUCGACUGCAGUCGUCCCCAAACCCCAAUGGGCUGAUAACUCUGCGCUUGGACUUCACCCGAAUCCUCUGCAGCCAUGAACACUACGUGACUUUGAAUCUGCCCUGCAGCCCCAUCUCUCCCCCGGCCUCCCCUUCCCCUUCUGUCUCCUCCGCCACCUCUCAGAGCUCAGCCUUCUCCAGCCACGUCCAGGACCCCAAGGUGAUUGGCAUGUUCGAGCUUUCUGGCUCCUUCCGGCAGCAGCACUUCCUGGCUGGGCUCCUGCUGACCGAGCUGGCCCUGAUCCUGGAGCCCGAGGCCGAGGGGGUGUUCUUCCUGCACAAGAAGGCCAUCAGCGCCGUGCACAGCCUCCUGUGCAGCCAUGAUGCCGAUGCCCGCUACGCGGAGCCGGAGGUCAAGGCCCGGGUGGCCCAGCUCUACCUGCCGCUGCUCACCCUGGUCCUGGACACGCUCCCCCAGCUGCAUGACUUCUCAGAGAGUGGCGGGCAGCGCUCCCGGCUGGCUUCCGUGCCAGAUGUGGACAUAGACUUGGAUGGGAGCGGCACCAUUAGCCCGUCGGUGGCGAUGGCCAUCGCAGGCAGCCCCCUGCCCCACGGCUCACGGCCCAGCCUCCCCCAGGGGCCUCCGCCUGCUCCCCGCACCGUGAGCCCCCUGGCAGCAGACACCAGCCGCACCCUGCUGAUAUGCGCCCUGUGGGUGCUGAAGAACGCGGAGCCCGGGCUCCUGCAGCACUGGACCAGUGACCUGGGUCCCGGGCAGCUUGCCCGCCUGCUGGACCUCCUGCAUCUCUGUACAUCCUGCUUCGAGUACAAGGGAAAGAAGGCCUUUGAACGCAUCAACAGCCUCACUUUCAAGAAGUCACUGGAUAUGAAAGCCCGACUUGAGGAAGCUAUCCUGGGCACCAUUGGGGCCCGACAAGAGAUGGUACGGCGCAGCCGGGAGAGGAGCCCAUUCGGGAACCAGGAGAACGUGAGAUGGAGGAAGAACGUCACACACUGGAAGCAAACGUCAGACAGAGUGGACAAAACCAAGGAUGAGAUGGAGCAUGAAGCCUUGGUAGAUGGAAACCUGGCCACUGAGGCCAACCUCAUAGUCCUGGACACAUUGGAGGUCAUUGUACAGACAGUGAUCUUGUCAGAGGCCAAAGAGGGCCUGCUUGGGGCCGUGUUGAAAGUCUUGCUCCACAGUCUGGGCUGUACGCAGAGUGCCCUUUUCCUGCAGCACGGCCUGGCCACACAGCGGGCUUUGGUGUCCAAGUUCCCCGAGCUGCUGUUUGAAGAGGACACGGAGCUGUGCGCGGACCUCUGCCUGAGGCUUCUUCGCCACUGCAGCAGCCGGGUCACCACUAUCCGCACCCAUGCCAGCGCCUCCCUCUACCUCCUCAUGCGCCAGAACUAUGAGAUUGGAAAUAACUUUGCCCGGGUGAAGAUGCAGGUGACGAUGUCCCUCUCAUCCCUUGUGGGGACGACACAGAACUUCAAUGAGGAGCACCUGAGGCGUUCGCUCAAGACCAUCCUGACCUAUGCCGAGGAGGACCUGGAGCUUCGGGACAGCACCUUUGCUGAGCAGGUCCAAGACCUUAUGUUCAACCUGCACAUGAUCCUGACAGAUACGGUGAAAAUGAAGGAACACCAGGAAGACCCAGAGAUGCUCAUGGAUCUCAUGUACAGGAUUGCCCGUGGGUACCAGGGCUCCCCAGACCUUCGGCUGACGUGGCUUCAGAAUAUGGCUGGCAAGCACACGGAACGGGGGAACCACGCCGAGGCAGCUCAGUGUUUCGUCCAUGCGGCGGCUCUGGUGGCCGAAUACCUCGCCCUGCUGGAGGACAGCCGCCACCUACCAGUGGGCUGUGUUACCUUCCAGAGCGUCUCAUCCAACGUGCUUGAAGAGUCGGCGAUUUCAGAUGACAUCCUUUCCCCCGAUGAAGAGGGGAUCUGUUCCGGCAAGCAUUUCACCGAACUGGGGCUGGUGGGGCUGCUGGAGCAGGCGGCCGCCUCCUUCACCAUGGGCGGGCUGUACGAGGCUGUGAAUGAGGUCUACAAGAUCCUCAUACCCAUCCUGGAGGCCCAUCGGGACUAUAAGAAGCUGGCCAUUGUUCAUGGAAAGCUACAGGAGGCCUUCACCAAGAUCAUACAUCAGAGCUCUGGUUGGGAGCGCAUGUUUGGGACAUAUUUCCGUGUCGGUUUCUACGGCUCCCGCUUUGGGGAUUUGGAUGAGCAGGAGUUUGUAUACAAGGAGCCAUCGAUCACAAAACUUGCCGAGAUUUCCCACCGGCUUGAGGAGUUCUACUCGGAGCGUUUUGGGGAUGAUGUGGUUGAGAUCAUCAAAGACUCUAACCCUGUGGACAAAGCCAAGCUGGAACCCCACAAAGCCUACAUUCAGAUCACCUAUGUGGAACCCUACUUUGACACCUAUGAGCUGAAGGACCGAGUAACAUACUUUGACAAGAACUACGACCUUCGCACCUUCCUCUUCUGCACGCCCUUCACGGCCGAUGGCCGGGCCCAUGGGGAGCUUCGGGAGCAGCACAAGCGAAAGACGCUUCUGAGCACGGCCCAUGCCUUCCCCUACAUCAAGACCCGAAUCAACGUCAUCCACAAGGAGGAGACCGUGCUGACGCCAGUGGAGGUCGCCAUCGAGGAUAUGCAGAAAAAGACAAGGGAACUGGCGUUUGCCACAGAGCAGGAGCCGCCCGAUGCCAAGAUGCUUCAGAUGGUGCUCCAGGGCUCUGUGGGGCCCACAGUGAACCAGGGUCCCUUGGAAGUAGCCCAAGUGUUUCUGGCUGAGAUCCCCGAGGACCCCAAACUCUUCCGACACCACAACAAGCUUCGCCUUUGCUUUAAGGACUUUAGCAAAAAGUGUGAAGAUGCCCUUCGGAAGAACAAGGUCCUGAUUGGCCCUGACCAAAAGGAGUAUCACCGGGAGCUGGAGCGAAACUACAGCCGCCUGAAGGAGGCUCUGCAGCCCCUGCUCACUCAGCGCAUCCCCCAGCUGUUUGCCCCUGCUGCCUUAGGCCCCAGCCCCAGGAACUCUUUGAACAGAACAAGCUUCCGUAAAUUUGAAGGCUGAUUGAAAAGGAAGUCAAAGGACAGAAGCCAGCCCAGGGGGGCUGGGAACCCCCCCAAACACAGACGCAAUGAAGCCCCAGCCCAGCUGGGGUGGCCCCAGGACUGGGCCUCUCCGGUGCUUUUGUGUCUUCUGUGCCCUCACCCUGCCCCCCUCUGCACUGGGCCCUGUUGGCCAAGGGGGUCUACACCUGUGUUUACGUUAUCUUUUUUUAAUUUAAAGUGACUUUUUAAAAAAUCA